UCGCUACGCACGCAUGCGCGCGGCUGGGAGCUGGCUGAAUGGUCAUUGACAGAACAGAAUAAUUUUAUUACUUAUUUUAUUUAAUAAAAAAUUGAAUUAAACCCAUAAAAAACUUGUGCUUCCGUUACUUUAAAGUGUAACCGAGUUUUAGUUGCGUUAGAGUGCAGUUCGAUGUGUGAAUUAGGGAGAUAAAUAAAAAAAAAUCGAUUACAAAACGACUUUCGGUUGAUUUUUCUCGUUGUUAAAUCAUCUUUUUGUUAGUUUUGCAACAAGUGCGAGGUCCGCUAGGUGUGCUGUGUUGUGUCGAUGCGCCGGGAACUGGUUUGGGGGGACCGUUGUCUUUUUUGUGUGGUGUUGGUGUGUUAUCGGUGUAGUUAUAGUUUCGCGAGCGGAGUGCGGAGCCCGCGAUGCUGCAGCUCGGUGCAACUGCCCGCCGCUGAUUUAUCUCCCGAGUCGUCGCAUGGUCCAUAGACAAGCACGGUGGUGAAGAGGGCGUGGUCUGCGAGCGGGAUGGUCCGGGCCGGCCGCCGCAGCCCCCGCCGCCGGCGCCAUGGCAGCGCUCUCUUGCUACCAACCCUGCCGCUCGCACCUCGCGCAGCCCGCUAGGUGUCUAAACGACGACGAGGACCCGUCCCCAGCCAGCUUCCACCUCCGGCGCAGACAGUUUAUAGAGCGAUGUCACGAGGCGCGCACGCGCCCCCGUGACGUCAACGCGGACGUGCACUCGUCCGUCAAGCGCACGCGCGACGAGCUGGUGAAGCAUGCGGCGGCGACAGCGGCGGUGAACCGGCGGCUCAACGUCGAGUCCGGCUGGUCGAAGGUCGAGGAGGUGCGCAAGAAGUUUGAGGACGCCGCUGCGUCGGCGUCGUUCUCGCGGUCCUUUGAAUCGCCUCCCAGGCGCAGGCUAGCAGACUCCCUGUUCGCGAGCUUCAAGCUGCCGCGGCGGAAGGACACGAUGGCCGCGCCGCGGUCGCUCGCGCCGCAGCCGCAGCAGAAACGCAAGUCGGCCGUCGAGCUGCUCGCUGAGAGUAAGGCCUUCUACGUCAAGUCCGAGACCGUGCUCGAUCGCAAGCAGGAGCUGCCUUUGAGGGUGAGCAGUGGCCUGAGCCAGGCGAUAGCGGCCGGCGGCUGUCACCUGAUCAGCUCAGGGACCCUCACCAAUGAGGCGUGCUGCAAUCCUUACGCGACGACGAGGCUGGGUGGCGCGCGGCGGGCCGUCAGCGCGGGCGAGGGUCUGCAGAACACACUGCGGAGGCUGCUCGAGCACACCGACAGCAGGGAGAAUGUCUACAACCCCGCUUAUGCUGCGCACAAAAUCUACUCAGACCCAAGACGACUAAAAGACUACCCAGACCGGGACAUGUCACGCUCCCAGCACAACUCCGGGACAUUCUCAGGGACGUCGUCCUCAGGGACUUCCGGGUCGAAAGCUCACAAGUCGGAUCCGGAACACCGGGACAAGAUGAACCGACCACUCAGUUUUGGAGACGCCAGAGUUUUCUUCCCGGAGUCUUUUGUGAUACCCCGCCAAAGGCCUGAAGUUGUGAUCAAAAGCGCUUAUUCUAUACCGUCGAGCCACUCGAGCCCUGAGCACAUGGAGCUACCUGAGCCCGUGCUGAGCGACGGCGGGUCCCCCGGAGAGCAGAUCGGUGCCAUCAGCCCGCCGGCGCACUACGCACACUCCACUCCCAGAUAUAUCAGGUCGAACUCACACUCGCAGCCGAGUAUGCGCGAAGAGGAAGGCUGCCACAACAUCAACAGCCACAAGUCGCUGCCGGAUCUACACACACAGACGCGCUGCUACCCUGAACAUAUGAACGUGGGCGGAACAGACACGGUGGGGCGUUCCCCGCGUCGCCGCCGGCACUCGCCGCAUCAACGAACUGCCUCCUGCUCCUCCAAAGGAACCAGAUCGAACCAUUCGUCACUGAUGUCCUCGUGUGAAGCAUUCUCAGAACAUCCUUCUCCCGGCGAGGAAAACUACCAGUCAUAUAACAGUCGUUGCGGGUCUUCGUUCGCGCGCGACUCGGGCGGCUCGAGCGGGCACUACACGCAGCGCAGCGCGCCGCCGCACGCGCAGCACCGCACCGACUCCGGCUCCUCCACGCAACACGACCAAAGCCGCUACAACUACUACGCGGAGGAGUGCUACUCCCCGCUGGAGGCGGUGGUGGUGUCGGCGCCGCCGCAGUUCCAGGACGGCGCGCCCUCCCCGCCGCCGCACGCGCACGCCCACGCGCCGCACGCCGCGCACGACGCGCAUGACACGCACGACGCGCACGCUCACGCGCCACGGGUCGGGAUACAUUUUCAGGCGAGCGCGCCCCCACCGCAGUUCCAAGACGAGCCGCCUAUGUAUGACUACAACGAUUUCGAGUGCUCAUACAAGCCGCUCAAAUGCCUCACCGUCGGCCGCAAGGAGAGAGACUAUACCAGUAGAGAAUACACCAGGUACCACGAGCCGAGCACGGAGCUGGUAAGCAAGCAGCCGCAGUAUGCGCGCCCGCCGCCGCGCCUCGACGAUAACCAGGACUACGUCAAUGCCACACAGAUCUGUCCGGCGGAGGAGGUGACGUCACCGCUGGGCACCUUCAAGCGGCAGCGAUGUCUGCGGUAUAAACAACGCAGACCGCGACCCAUCCUGCGGUCCAAGUCAGACAUCUCCGACAGGUACAGACGCACCGACGGCCGCAGCCCGGCUUCAGCCCCGUGCGAGGGCGAGGACUCCCCGGACAGCCCCUCAGAGGAAUCCUCCCGGCUGCAGCAAUUCUUCGAGCGGCUCGGCCUGGAAGCACGCCAGUACGACGCGAUAGUGCGCGACCCACCGCCAGAGUCGCCUGUGUUCUUCUCCUCGGCCUCCACUGUAGACUCUAACCAGCUGGCUACUGCCGAUUAUACGGUGCAAGGUCCAGGAGUCCAGAAGCAGAUCUACCGCAACACGGAGCCGCCGAGCGUGGUGGAACGCAACGCGCGUAUCAUCAAGUGGCUGUGCCAGUGCCGGAAGACCCAAAUGCAGGUGCCGCCUUAAGCUUGACGAGACAAUCAGAUCCAUCUGAAUGAUUUCAUCAGAGGAGUUAAAAACACCACAUCGAUGCAACUCAUCUAAAAAAGCAAUAUUGCUUUUUGACACUUGGCAUUGCGCACUUACUUUUGUAUGCGCAAAUGUCAAAUUGCAAUAUUGCUUUUUAAAUGAGUUGCUUGUGUGACCUUUCCACCCCUCUGGUAAUCAAAGUAAUCAGACCUUGGUACAGGCGGUUGUAAUAACAGUUCUCAGUAACCGGCACAAAAAGAGGACAAGAAAAUGAAGUAAUGCGUUCGUUACAAGUUUUCGGCUGUAUUAGUGUUAUUUUAUCUGAGGUACGGUCACGAGCAUUAAUAUGUAUACACUUUGGUACCAUGUCACAUUAACUUUUUUGACAAAUUGAACUGUAAGUCUCACUAAAUUUCAAAUAUGUUAGUGCGACAGAGUCCUAAAGUGGGUACAUUAUAUUGCUCAUCACUGCACGGGUACGGUUAUUCUUAUUAGAGAUUGAUCUCCAAUUGAUUGGCUGUCCAAUUAAUUAAUACUGUGUCUUUGAAAGGGCCUCUUGUUUUUGUGAUUUACCACUGCCGACCCUUGGCAGAAACUAAAAGUGAUUGAAAGAAAAUUAUAAAAAGUAAAAAAACACUUUAGAAUUGCACUGACGAAUUACAAAAUGGAACUACUGAUUCAUUUCCGCGGCAAACUACUAUAAUAAUAUGAAAGAUUGUUUUUAAAAUAAGAAAACGCAAAGACUUUCUACUAUACAACCUCGUCAGAA